UCUCUCUCAUAUAGUGUCACAUAUACUUGUGGAGCAGUGGACAUUUCAGUGAUAAAUGGAAAGGUAAUCUGGAAAGACUCUAUUGUUUAUAAUAAUUUAACUGCAUUAGAAAAGCAGAGAAUGUUAGUGUGGAGUGUUAAUAGGUGCUGUGAAAUAGAGAAAGUUACAUACAUACAUAUCUAAAACUAAAUGAAUUGCAAUAUUAGUUGCAUAAUGGAAGAGGAUUUGUAAAGAAAUAAUAAUUAAUCAGAAUGACCAACAACUACCCAGAGUCCUGGACAAACAGUGAUGUCUGCUUGUGGCUUAAAGACACAGGAUUUUGCCAGUAUGAAGAGAGUUUUAAAAAGCACGCAAUAGAUGGAGAAGCUUUGUUGAUGUUAACAGAGAAAGACCUCAAGGAAGACUUGGAAAUUUAUGUACUUGGUGAUGUUAAGAGACUGCUAGCAGCCAUAACAAGGCUGAACAGACCAGGUCUGCCAGGCUUCUCUGACCCUCACAACAAUGUUCCCUUGGCUGCAUCAUCUCCAUCCUCCCAUAACAAUCACCAACACAAGCCCUUCACACUCAACACGCUUUCAGCUGGUGUGUCGCGCUCUCGAUCAAGAAACUAUUCAUCGGACUCCCAAGCAUCUGACCUGCCUGACCAGUCCAGAAUUGGCAAUUUAAGACGUGCUAGUGGAGUUGCCACUCAGUUAAGGCCCGAGUACUUUAGGACUGCCAUCUCCUUCUUGUAUGUCUUGCUGGUAACCUGGAUCACUGCAUUUGUCAUGGUCUUUGUGCAUGACAGGGUGCCAGACAAGGAAAGACAUCCACCUCUACCAGACAUUUUCCUGGACAAUGUUCCUCACAUCUCAUGGGCAUUCCAGCUAUGUGAGAUAACCAUCAUCACACUUGCUUCUGUUUGGUUUGGAAUUCUGUUCUUCCACAAACACAGGUCAAUAGCCUGUCGAAGAUUCUGUGCCCUGUCUGGGUCAGUAUUGCUGCUUAGGUGUGCUACGAUGUUCAUAACGAGCCUUUCAGUCCCUGGAUCCCACCUGGAAUGUGCUCCCAGGGGUCAUAGUGAUAUUUGGACAAAAAUGAGUCAAGCCUAUCUUAUCUGGCGAGGAGGUGGCCUCAGCUUGAUGGGAGUGCGUACUUGUGGAGACUACAUGUUCAGCGGCCACACUGCCACACUCACACUCCUCAAUUUUUUCAUUACAGAAUAUACACCAAGGAGAGUGUACUACUUGCACAUUUUCUCCUGGGUGCUGAACAUGUUUGGGAUUUUCUUCAUCUUGGCAGCUCACGAACACUAUUCCAUUGAUGUGUUCAUUGCCUUUUACAUCACAUCCCGCAUGUUCCUGUAUUACCACUCGCUGGCCAACAACCGUGCCCUGCAACAAAGAGACUCCUUCAGAACAAAGAUAUGGUUCCCAAUGUUUAGUUACUUUGAGGCUCACAUUGAUGGUAUUGUUCCUAAUGAAUAUUCCAAUCCUCUAGCAGCUGGGAAACUUAUAAAGCUUGCAAAAAGCCUCUUUGUAUUUGUAAGGUCAAACUUUCUGAUUAGGAAAGAGAAGACUAACUAGUAUUUAAUAUAAAGGUUUGUCUGGUGUUAAAUAUUUUUCAGGUUGUGAAUAUGCUCAAAUAACUUAUCUAUUAAUAUGCAGUAUAUAUAGUUCUUAUAAGAACUAUUUGAGAAAAUUCAGUCCAUUACCUCCUGUUUUAUUUGUUUCUUGUUGCUGUAAUCAAUCUCUCUCUUAAAUGUCUCCUUUAUAAUUUCAUACCAUUCCUCCUUUACCUUUACCAAGCUGUGAUUAUAUUUCUCCUACCCUCUAUCUUAGCUUAAACAUUUUUUCUGUUCAUGCAUUUGAAUUGGGCAUUCGUAGGAAAAUUGAAUAGCUUAUUCUUAAAAAGAACAAAAAAAGAAAAAUUCAAGUUAUUACAUAUAUCUGUCAAAAACUGAUUCAACAUUGCUUUGCAUUUUGCCUUAUGGAGUGAUACCCAUAAUCCCUAGCUGUGGCAUACUGCUUCUGUUGGUCUUGCAUUUUGAUUGUGUUGCCACUUGUGCAGUCUAAUUUAAUCCUUUUAUGCAGUUGACGUUAAACCAAACCCUGUACAAAAUAAAGUUAGCAAGAUUAGAAAAGAUUUCUUUUUGAUACUUUCAAGUACUGGACCAUUUAUCUUGCAAGUUUUGUGGUGUAAGUGACCCACAUUUCUGGAAUUUUAGUUUUCUGGAUCAGGGUUUGAUAUAUACACUCAAAUUUAGAAUCUGAAAUAUACAUAAAAAAAUAAAAGGAAACAGGGAUUUGACUUAAUGUACAUGUUCAUAUACUUAUAAAGUAGUCUACUGUUAAUUAUUCCACUUACAAUUCUUAAAGUAUACAAAAUCCAGGACAAAAAUAUAUGAUGAAAAUAACAUGUGCACACAACAUUGCACAAUUUAUUGUGGACUGUUUUGUAACAAGCUAUGUGUUUGCAAAAACAUUUAGAUGAAUCUGUACCCAUGUUAUGGUUCAUCUCUGUAUGUAACCAUCUAAGACAUACAUUAUCAUUAUAUAAUACUUGAAUAGAAAUAAUUCCAUAAGAGCAAAUUUGAGAUGUAUGCUGAAUGUAUGAAAAAAUGCAGCUGGGAUGGUGCACCAGACAUGUGCUGCCAUGUGCCAGCACAAUUUGUUAACAAAACUGAAUUUUCACAAUACAUUUUAUAAUCAUGCUCCUCCUAUCCCAGAUGUUGCUCUGAAGCAUCUCCUUAAGUAAAUGUAUUUUCUUUUAUAUAAGCACAAAAUAUUUUCUUUUCCCUUUAAUAGUAAAAUUCCUUUUAGCUGGCCUUUUAAACAUAAAAAGAAUGAAAAAGAUGACACUUGGGUAAUAAUCACAUAGACAGUGUGGCAAGGGUAAAAUGAAAGUCAAAAUGGUCUAGCAGGAAGUUACUUCAUGUGCUGUCAAAUUCACAUCUUGGCCGUUAAAAUAAUAAUGAUAAUAAUGAUAAUAAUGAUAAUAAUAAUAAUAAUGAUAAUAAUAAUAAUAAUAAUAAUGAAAAAAAGGAAAAUUCUAGUGAUUUUUUGGAAGCUGGAUAAAUGGUUUAGUAUAGGUAUAACUGGUAACUACCUUUAAGCAGUAGUAGCAGCUGGUUGAUACUCAAGAGUUUACUAUAGUAUCCAUUGUCAAGAUAUUUCACACACACACACACACACACACACACACACACACACACACACACACACACACACACACACACA